ACAGUAAAUACACAUACAAAGCAACCAUUUGAGAAAGAUUGCUUGCAAUUUUCUAAGUAAAAGCCAUUUUACACAAAUGCGCAGCCCAAUUUAAUGUUUGUCUAGCGCUAUCUGCUAACAUUGUUAAAUAAUACUAUAUAGUUUUAUAUACAUAAGAGCCGACCUGACGAUUGUUUACGAAUUGGGAGAGAGCAUGAAGAGCUGAUAACGCUCACAUUUACUGAUAAGCGGAUAAUCGACAGACAGAGAGCUAUUGAGGCUGCAGACGGCAGUAAACAGAAAACAGUUAUUACCGGUUAGGACAAGUGUGCGCACCAUGGCAGCUACCAUCCAGAACGGCAUGAAAGUCGCGCUGAGGAAACACAUGAAGGAGAUCCUCAGCUGCCUAACGCCCGAGGUCAUAGCGAAGCAGUCCCAGGCUGUGACCUCAAGGGUGUUGCAGAAUGAGGCAUUUCGUCAGGCGCAGCGCGUUAGCAUCUAUUUGAGCACCAGCGACGAGCUGGACACCACGGCGAUAAUCCGUGAGAUGUUCAGGCUGGAAAAGAUGGUAUUUGUGCCCAGCUAUCAGGGCACAAAGAUGAAAAUGGUACGUUUGCGGGACAUGCAGGAAUACGAGGGUUUGCCACUGACCAAAUGGAACAUUAAACAGCCGGAUUUUAAGGAAAACCGCGAGGAUGCCAUGACAAAUGGCCAUGGCAUUGAUCUCUUCAUUGUGCCGGGUGUGGCGUUCACGCGUAGAGGUGAUCGCCUGGGCCACGGCAUGGGCUACUACGAUAAAUAUUUAAAGCAGCACGCUGAGAAGUAUCCACACAAGAAGACGACCAUUAUGGCGCUGGCCCUUAACGAACAGAUCGUUAGUGACGAGGAGCUGCCCGUGGAGGAGCACGAUGUGCGCUUAAAUUGUGUUGUUACAGAGAAUACUUAAAUUUAAUCACGUUACGAACAAAUUGUAUAAAUCGAAUAUACACAAAAAUAUUUG